AUGUCCGCCGCAAAGACAAAGGCCCAGAAGAUCAUCGACGACAACAGUGUCGUCGUCUUCUCCAAAUCCUACUGUCCAUAUUGUCGCGCCAGUAAAGCCCUACUAAACGAGAAGCACGCAAAGUACUUCUUGUUGGAAUUGGACGAAGUUGAGGAUGGCGCUGCUCUCCAAGACGCCCUCGAAGAAAUCACAGGCCAGCGCAGUGUGCCUAAUAUUUUCAUCUCUCAAAAACACAUCGGUGGCAACUCCGACCUCCAGGCUAAGAAGGGCCAGCUGGACGACCUCCUAAGGAGUGCUGGCGCCAUUGAGGCAUAG